CGCACUAACAUUUUAUCCAUAGUUGUAAAUUCGAAAACAACAAAAUAACAAUGUUUUAGCAAUGUAGUUGACCAAAAAUACGUUUGGGAAACAACAUUAAUAUUCAUAUUACUGUAUAGACUCAAGUAACCCCAGCUUUGUUUUGUUCUGGCCAAUUGCGUUUACAUUCCAAAUUGUGGAGAAGUGAAGGGUGGGGUCGGGUCGACAGCGAUAUGGUAAGAGGGGCGGAGUCGCUGGUGUUAGGCUUUUUACUCAUUGUUCUGAGUAUCAUCCUACCGCAGUUGAGGUGAGGCAGAGAGGACAAAGUAUAUCGUUGGAAAAGUCUGUUUGUGGACCUGCGUAGACUUGGAAUAUUCGAAACAAUUUCGUGUAUUUUGACAGGUCUUCUCCUCCGUUGUUGUUGGUUUGAGCCCAGGAGGCCACCAUGGAAAUGCAGAUGGGCAAUGAUGGGAGGGUGAAGGUGAAAGAGUGGCAGCAGACCUACUACGCCGGGGACUCUGGGAUCCAGUCAGGAGCCACCACAGUGAGGACCGAUGACGACGGGACCGAGUACAGCACCAAGCAGUACAGGACCGUCACCACCACCGUCGUCUCAGAGAACCCUGCUGAAGUGGAGUCUCAGUAUGCCCUGACCCGAGCCCAGCGUGUCCGAGCGGCCAUGUUCCCAGAGACGGUGAUGGAGGGCACGACCAUCCUGUCCACCCAGACUGACCCGUCCCAGAUGACCAACGUCCAGCGGCUGGCCGAGCCCUCGCAGCUCCUCAAGACGGCCAUCGUCCACCUCAUCAACUACCAGGACGACGCCGAGCUGGCCACGCGCGCCAUCCCCGAGCUCACCAAGCUGCUCAACGAUGAGGACCAGGUGGUGGUCAACAAAGCCUCCCUGAUCGUCAACCAGCUGACCCGUAAGGAGGCGUCUCGCCGGGCGCUGAUGUCGUCCCCCCAGAUGGUGGCGGCGGUGGUGCGGGCCAUGCAGAACACCGGGGACAUGGAGACAGCCCGGGCUACAGCCAGCAUCCUCCACAACCUGUCCCACCAGAGAGAGGGCCUGCUUUCCAUCUUCAAGUGUGGGGGCAUCCCUGCCCUGGUCCGCAUGCUCAGUUCUCCCAUGGAGUCUGUGCUCUUCUAUGCCAUCACCACCCUCCACAACCUGCUACUGCACCAGGAGGGAGCCAAGAUGGCGGUGCGCCUGGCCGACGGCCUGCAGCGAAUGGUACCUCUGCUGAAGAAGAGCAACCCCAAGUUCCUGGCAAUCACCACCGACUGCCUGCAGCUGCUGUCCUACGGCAACCAGGAGAGCAAGCUGAUCAUCCUGGCUAACAGUGGUCCGGAGGGCCUGGUCCACAUCAUGAGGAACUACAGCUAUGAGAAGCUCCUGUGGACCACCAGCCGCGUGCUCAAAGUUCUCUCUGUCUGCCCCAGCAACAAACCUGCCAUCGUGGAUGCUGGUGGGAUGCAGGCUCUGGGGAUGCACCUGACAGGCUCCAGUCAGCGUUUGAUGCAGAACUGUCUGUGGACCCUGAGGAACCUGUCUGACGCCGCCACUAAACAGGAGGGUCUGGACAGUCUUCUUCAGACCCUCGUUGGUCUCCUGAGCUCUGACGACGUCAACAUGCUCACCUGCUCCACUGGCAUCCUCUCCAACCUCACCUGCAACAACGCUCGCAACAAGGCAAUGGUCACCCAGGGCAACGGCAUCGAGGCGCUCAUCCACGCCGUCCUGAGGGCGGGAGAGAAGGAGGACGUGGCGGAGCCGGCCGUGUGCGCCCUGCGUCACCUGACGUCGCGCCACUCCGACGCCGAGGUGGCCCAGAAUGCCGUGCGCAUGCAUUAUGGCAUUCCCGCGAUCGUCAAGCUGCUCAAACAGCCCUACUACUGGCCUGUCGUCAAGGCUGUGGUUGGUCUGAUCCGUAACCUGGCACUGUGCCCAGAUAACCAGACCCCUCUGAGGGACGCCGGGGCCAUCCCCCGCCUGGUCAAUCUGCUGCUCAAAGCCCACCAGGACGCCCAGAAACACGGCUCUGCCGCACAGCAGACGUACCAGGAUGGCGUGAGGAUGGAGGAGAUCGUGGAGGGGUGCACAGGGGCCCUGCACAUCAUGGCCAGAGACCCCAUCAACAGGGGAGAGAUCGCCAGCAUGCAGACUAUCCCACUCUUUGUACAGCUGCUGUACUCUCCAGUGGAGAACGUGAAGCGCGUGUCUGCGGGGGCUCUGUGUGAGCUGGCCCUGGACAAGCAGUCUGCUGAGAUGAUCGACGCAGAGGGAGCCUCCGCGCCGCUCAUGGAGCUGCUGCACUCCAACAACGAGGGCAUCGCCACCUAUGCGGCCGCCGUUCUCUUCCGCAUCUCCGAGGACAAGAACUCCGACUACAAGAAGCGCGUGUCCGUGGAGCUCACGCACUCCCUGUUCAAGCACGACCCCGCCGCCUGGGAAAUGGCCCACAACGCUGUCCCCAUGGAGGCAGGCUACGCAGCAGACGAGCUGGAUGCAGGCUACCCCCAUUAUGUCGACUACCCUGCUGACAUGCCCAUGGAAGGAGAGAUGGGGAUGUCCGAUGUUGAGUACCAGACCGGCGGCAUGAACUACGACAUGAGGCAACCGGGAUAUGCUGAGCGCUAUUAGGACAAGGACACUGAAGGGAGGAAGAAGCAGAAGGGGGGGGGGGAGAAGAAAUCACACAAUCUUCAAAUGGAGUGAUGUCAAUCUGUCUCUGCUCAUCUCGAUGUAGUAUAUGCAAUUAUCACUGACUGUGGGACUCAGAUUCUAACAGGGCUUACCUUCUGUUUUCUAAGAAUAAUAUUGAUGAUGCACCGGUUUUUAGUCGGACGUUUUAAGGUUGUUGUUGUUGCGCUUUUCGGUGGGUAAUCGAUGCCAAAGAGAUUUUAUUUUGUGACGAUAAUCAUGUAGCUUCCUUUUUUAUUUUUUUUAUUUCAAUACUAGUUGAAAACACUGCCAGAGGUGACUGGACAACGAUGUGUAUUGUACAGCUCACCUGCUUUCUUUCAACACUAUUUGCUGUUAACAUUUUUCCAACUGUGUUUCUCGAAAGUCUGCAUGAGCUAAUACUGACUCAGUGGUGUAAUAUUCUUACAUUGACUCUCACAGUAGAAGAGAACCCAAUAGGGGGAGUCUACUGGAGGCCCUAAAUCAAGAACCUUAGGUGGAACGCUACUGACAGGGAAAUUUGUCUUUCUACAUAAAGGUUUUUACUUCAAUUUUGUUUAAGAAAAUAAAGAAUAUAUUAAUGUACAGGCA